CGUCCACCCCUCAGCUCAGCUCCAGCUCCAGCUCCAGCUCCAGCUCCAGCUCCAGCUCCAGCUCACCUGAAUCUGCAAGGAAAUUCCCACCUCGCACCUGAAAGCGACCUGUUGAUUUCAACCUAUAACUCUGAUACAUGUGUGACCAGUAAAUUGAAGAGAAUACUCCGAGGAUGGCUAGGAGGCUGGAUCUUUCACAGCUAACAGCGGACGAAGCACAGCAUGUGUUCCACGUUGUUCAACGAGAUAUGAGUCUACGGAAGAAAGAGGAUGAACGGCUUGGGGAACUAAAAUGUAGGAUUGCGGAUGAAGAGACUAAGAGGAGGUUUCUAACAAAGCAAGCCAAAUUUAAUGAAAGUCAUUGUAUUCUCUGUCUGGAGCCCUUCCAAUUUUUGAUGAACAGCAAGCGUCGAUGUCUGGAUUGUUCUUUGAACAUCUGCAAAACGUGUAGCAAAUUCAACAAAAAGACGUUCCGCUGGGUGUGUGAUUCAUGCCGGAUAGCCAGGAUUGUAAAGACUGCAUCGCUGGACUGGUUUUACAACCAUGUGAAAUCGCGUUUCACAAACAAUGGCAGCGCCGCGGUGAUGCGUUCUUUGAACAAGAGAGAUCAAAGUGUAGAAAAACAUCCCGUUCAACAUUUAGAUUCACACUGUGAAGAAGGUGAAUACGACCAAGAAUCCGACAGUUAUUUACAGUGUGGAUACAAUCCUCAGAUGAUGACAGAAGUUAUUGUAGAGGAUGAAGAUACCUUAGAUUAUCCAGAGGACCUUCACUAUAGAAUGCAGCGUAGAAAUAAACGCCUGCUUUCAGUCCAUCAUUUCGACUUUGACAUGGAUUCAGAAUACACUGCCCAGUCUCACCGCCAGUCUCUCCAGCUUCCAUCACCACAUUAUGAUGGGAAUGACUUCCAGCAGCGUAGAAAUAAACGCCUGCUUUCAGUCCAUCAUUUCGACUUUGAUAUGGAUUCAGAAUACACUGCCCAGUCUCGCCGCCAGUCUCUCCAGCUUCCAUCACCACAUUAUGAAGGGAAUGACUUCCAGUCAUUUUCGGAGUUGUCUUCUGGCAACGGUGCAGCGGGAGGAGGUUCCAGGAAAGGAUCCUUGGUUGAAAACCCUGAGCUUUCCUUUGUAUUUCGAAGCAUUCUGCAGGAGAAAAGUCAGAACUAUAUACAAGAUCAACUGUUCAACACAGAAGUCCGAUUUGAAAUUAAUACAAGUAGGCAAAGCUUGGAUAAACUGUUUAACAACGAGGAGGCUAUGCAUCGUGAGCAGAGAGAUCCCCACUGUGAGUCCAUUCCAGAAAUUUGUGUCUCCACUGAGGACGCAGAUCAGCAGCAGCUUUUGCCUGGUCCAAAGCAGAGUGCCGUGUACUUCACGGACUUCGACAGUUCUGACAAUGAUGAGGCUCCUGAACAUCCGGUCUAUCAUCACCACUUUGUACGACGUCGGAGUCAAAGCUCCUCACAGGAAAAUUCACUAUCUGGUGGAACUCAGAUUUCAGACCUAUCCAAGCGCAUGUCUUCCAUUGAGCGAAUGCUAAGCAGACUGGAGGAGAAGAUAACCCCAAACUCUGUAAAGUCACAAGACCACAAAGGCAGGCAACAAAUGUCAUCCCCAGCCAGGUCUGAGGCCUCUGGACUUGAUUUGACUGAUGCAGAUUUGGAAGAGGAAAAGCUGAAAAAGAAAUUGGACGAGUUGGCCAGCAACAUAAGUGACAGGGGGCCUUCAUCUGACGACGAGCUGAGAAAGAGAAGUCCGCGAAUAAUUAGCUCAUCCAAUGAAGACCUCCACAUUGACACUGCAAAGGUUUCAGAAAUAGAAAACCGGAUUGCAGCUCUGAAUGCUGCUGGGAUGAAUACCUUAUUUCCCGAACAACCCAAAAUCUACCAGGAUGCACAGGCAAAGAUGGUGUCGAACCCUCCUGCGAGAAAAAGUUCAAAUUCAACCGAAAAUAGUACAUCAAAAACUGUCAAGAAUGAAGCAUGUGAGCGAAAUAUUCAGUACAAAGGAUCGCUCACUCAAAGGAAUCCAAGAAAAAAGACCAGAAGACUGGACCAAGUUUUCGGGAAACCAGUCAUGUCAAUGAAGCGAUGAAAUAGCCACCAACGUGACCUGCCUGCUGCAGCUUUGAAAAAUGCACAAGGUUUCCAGAAUGAGACUAAAACUCCUCAUUUUCAGGAGCGAUCAGCUUGCUAAAUGAUACAUAGUGCAAAAGAGCUUGUUUGCCAUAUUGUUUCUUUCAUGCAGGGUUACACACAAUUGAUCCUUUGACUAAUGGAUAUCCUUUGCAUGGAAAUAUAUGCAUGUGCAAUCAACCAUGUUGUGACCGCUGUAUAGCUCGUAAAAAUUCAAAUGUUUUGAAACAGCAAUAUAUUACAUAUUACACAUUUACAACACUUCUUUUGUCAUAAUGUUACGCAUCUAAUGAAGAUAUCACCAUAGCCCAAUUGCUAAAUAUACUGGGUGACUGAACUGAAAGACAGAUCCAGCCUCAAUUCCUGGUCUACAUGAGAUAAAUGAUCUCGCUUGGGAGGCGUUGAGAUAGAAUGAUGCACGCUGCCAUUAUCCUUGCCAUUUCUUUGGAACGAUCUUCCAUAAUUUUCAGUUUGUGAUCUUAGCUAGAAAUUCUGUAUAGGAUAUUGACCUUGCGUUCAAUUUGAAGAUGAUGGUCCCACCAACCAAUCAACAUAAACUAAAAUGAUGAGUUAAGAUCUUAUUUGUUUUCUUAUUUCUAUCAAAGGUUACUGUAAAUAUCCCACAUUUUACCUAUAGAUAUUUAAUAUUGUUUGUACACCUUCUAAUGAGUAAUUAAGUAUUACCUCAUAGAAACAUAGAAAAUAGGUGCAGGAGGAGGCCAUUUGGCUCUUCGAGCCUGCACCGUCAUUCAUUGUAAUCAUGGCUG